AUGGCAAAGAGUAAAACAGGACCCCCAUACACAGGUCGCAAUUCGGAAUAUGUCGUCGUCACCACCCCGUGGGGGAUGAAUCGCGUCCCCAAGAGUCGCGACCGGAAGGACUUUGAUCGGCUGGCGGCGUGGGUCCAGCUUAUCCUCCAGGACAAAGAUAUAGGUGCGAAAGUUGAAUGUAUAUUGUCUAUGGGGACAAGAGAUGAAGUCAUUGUUCAGCUCCCAAAGGGGACAGACAUUCAGCCACUUCUUGGGGAGCAUAAGUUGGCGAUUAUUUCAAAGAAGUGGGAUGGGAAUCCGAACGAUGAUAGAGCGUCCUGUUUCUUUGAAUAUAAUUUUCGCAACAACGGUGAACCCAGUAAUCAUAACUGGGCAGAAAAUUUUCCUGGUCAUGAUCCAGGACCUGCACCUCCCGUAAAGUCCCCUUAUCCGGAACCAGACUGGGCUGAGCCCUCUCGCUCCAUUCGCAGUCUCGUCCUUCCAAUACCACCUAGACCACCGCUACCUACCCCAGAGGCUGAGCUAGCACCAAUUCCUAUUCCGACAACAAUCCCUAUCCCUGUAUCUGAAGAAGCAACACAUCUGCCUCCUAAUACUACGCACACAACACCUGCUAAUAUCACUUCUGCAUUCAAACCUUACGAGCCCCCUACGCAGCACCCUGCUCACGGAAUGUUCAUUAAUCACGAAAAUCAGUCAAGGAAUUCUUCUGCGGACCGGCAAAGCAAUCAACCAAUUGCACCCGAAGGUGAACAUGUCCCAGUCACGAAAUACAUGAAAAAGCUAGAUCCCUACCAAGAAGACGAAGACGCUCUGGCGAUCCUGCGAACACCUCCACGAGAUUUCCAAAGUAAAUCCAAGCACGUCAAACUUGAACACGUUAAAACAGAAGUGUCUGACACGGGCUUUGACACUAAAUACCAGCCACCUCAGGAACUAAUAGACGCGGUCAACGCUUUACUACAGAAGCAGAGCAAAGAACAGAAAAUCGCAGUCUGUGAAAGAUCGAGCAUGACUGAUGAAACGCUGCCAGGGCCUUCAACUUCUUCUCGGUCACCUGCAGAACUUAUGGACGCAGAUGACAAUCAAAUCCUAGAGCAUAAUCUCGACAUAAAGCCUUUCACGAAGAACAACCCUAAGCGCCUGCAAGACUCUGGGCAGAAGCCUCAAUCUCGGCCAUGUGAAAUUAACGGUCGACAGAGCAAAACCAGUGAAGAUGAGCAGAAGCCGGUUCUGAACUUACCACGUGCGUUUUGA